GUGGGACGACUGUUUCUUGUCAGGCAAGAUUACAUAACUUCCUGUAGGUGCCUGUGAUCUUAGGAAACGCCAUUUACGGAUUAAAAUAACUUCAAGAAGUUGCAUAGUGUGGGUGUGCAAACACGGAUCAAAGAAUGACCGUACUGCUGCUGCGUGCACGAAACACUGCACGAUGUGUUUACUUCCAUCAUCAUCGUUCAACGCGGGACAUGUGUUGACUUCGUCAGGUUCAAUCCGUGACUGUCCCUCGUCGUGUUGUGUGUGCUGAAAGUGAAACAGACUUGACUCUAAACCUGGCGGACUAGAAAUACGGUUUCUACGUUCACGUUGUUGUUGAAGGAACCUUGCUGCAUUUCCUUCCUCCGUGGUUGAAUACCGUCUGUUUGUCUCACUUGCUGCGGUUUGACACUGGCUCAUGGGAAUUAAUUGUGUAUUUUUAACAUUCAUGAUACACACGUGUGUGUGUUGUAGGCAGGUAAACUGGAAUUUGACUUCGUUCGCCAUUUAGUGACAAGAACAAGGACAGCACUGCGGGCCAAGGACAACUUAAGAUUUGAGUGUCUUCAGUUGGUUGUGGGUGAGCAAGGUGCUCCACCAUGCGUCGUGUAGGCAAACUCGGUGCCGUGCUUUUCGUCUUAUGGACGGGUACCGUUUUGUGGAUGGUGGAGGACAGAACCCAUGUGAUCCAAGGGGCAGCGAGAAACGAACACUCCGCUGCUGAUGCAUUAUGCCCGUGUGCCAUGUACGCAUCUUACAGUCCGGGCAGGAGGCGAGACGGAGAGGAGGAACUGCACGGAGGAUCUACGACACAGACACCCGUUGAAUCGCCUCGCAAUGAAAGCAAGACGGUCGAUAGUGUUUGGAAUGUAACUUACCCCGUAGUAAACUAUACUCCUCAACUUUCCUCAGGGGGUAGUUCGAUUCCGCGUAUUAAAAACACUUCAAAAAUUGUAGAAGAAACCAAAGCAAAACAAUGGAAUCUUGAAGCCGUCCAGCAAAAGCUGGAGGAGUUGGAAGAGAAAACGUUGAAGGAAGAAGCUCUAUUUAAGGAGCAGAAGGAGAAGACUGAUUUACUUAUCGAUCUUCAGAGGAAAUUGGAGGAAAGACUUUCCCGGCGGCUAGAGGAGAAACAGGAACAGAAUGUCAAAGAGAAAUUUAUCGAGGAGGAAACAUUGCGACAGGAGAAUAUAGCUCGACAGCAGCUUCAGCUUAAGCAAGAGAAAAAAUCCCAACGAGACUCAAAGAAGAAGGUGCCGGAGAAAGUGCAUCCAGCGUCCGUCAGUCAGAACCCAGGACUGUUCGAUUUUACCAUCAGCAACGCGAAGGCGUGCCGUGAAGGGGCGAACACCGACGGCUACGUGGACGCGCUCUGCCUGGUGUUCACGGCCCCCGGGGACAAACUCAUGCGGUCCCGCAUCCGAGAGACGUGGGGAGGCGUCAAGGAAAUCAAGGGCAAGAAAUUUGUGACGAUGUUCCUGCUCGGACAGAAGGGCGCCAACUACCAGGAGAGCAUUGAGAAGGAGGAUGGCGAACACCAUGAUAUCAUCCAGCAGAAUUUCACCGAUUCGUACUACAACCUCACUCUCAAGACCCUGAUGGGGUUGAGGUGGACCUCGGAGUUCUGCCCCAACGCGAGGUUCAUGGUGAAAAUGGACAUUGACAUGUUUGUCAACGUGUACAACCUAGCCGAUCGAGUCGACAAGGCACCUGUACACAACUUCGCAGAGGGAAACCUCAAAGAUAUCACAGAACCCAUCCGCGAUAAAAACAGUAAAUGGUACACCUCCAGGGAUAUGUACCCUAAGGACAAGUACCCUCCGUACCUCAACGGACCAGCGUACCUCAUAUCCUCGGACCUAGCCGGUCCGAUUUACAAGGAAUCAUUCAAGGUUCGUUUCUUGCCGUGGGAGGAUGCCUUCAUAGGUAUCAUCAUGGACCGAUUGCAUGUAGAACCAAAGUUCAACAGCAAAUACGAAACAUACCUCAAAUAUGAAAACGAACCAGACACCCUUCUUAAGAUCGCAAGGAGCAUCACGUUCCACCUUGGCGAGGACAAGGAGGAGAACAAAAAAAACAUUGUUAAGGUCUGGAGAUAUGUGCAAAAUUUAACUAAUGCUACGAUCGUAUAGCACGAGAUGCUUGUUGAAGUACAGUCAGUCUCUGCCAACCCACCGAACAGACUAACUUGCUAAUUUAACUUUAAAGGCAGUGGACACUAUUGGUAAUUACUCAAAAUAAUUCUUAGCAUAAAUCUG